AUGAGCGUGGCACGUCCAGCCGCCAGGAGACUCAUCUCCGGGCGUCUGGCCGCCGCUGUGCCCGGUGCCGCCGCUGCCGCUGCCGCUACGCCGUCGACAGCUCCGUGCCAGCAUGUAUUCGCCCACCAAUUCCACAGUUCGGCCGCCAUGGCCGCCAGGCGGCGUCCGAGAUUCGCCAAUGUGCGCGCUGCCGACAUGGGCAUCAUGUCCGAGAAGCAGAUCGACCAGUUCACACAAGAAAAGUUCCCCAAGUAUACAGACGAGGAGCUGGCGCUUUUGCGCACCAAGUACUCGCCCGAGCAGAUCGCCGCCCUCGAGGCCGGUGAAGCCGCCAUCAACCCCCGCGACCUGACGAUACAGGGCCGGCUGCGCGUCGACCCGUACCGGGUACCCUACAUCGACGACUUUGCCGAGUCGCAGCCCGUCAUCGACAAGCGGCCGCAGAACAAGCCGCCGCCGGACCCGCACGCGAGGUUUAUGAACAUGGAUGAGUUCACCGAGGAUCUGAUCAACUGGGCCGACCAGUUCACCACGGGCGACGUGACGGGGACACUCAAGAGGCUCGAGGACUUUGUGCCCGACGAGUACAAGAAGACGCCUGAGGGCCGGUGGCCGGGCGAGGUGAGGGCGCAAGCACACAAAGACUUCCAGCGCUAUCUGCAAACCGAGGUGGAUAAGCAAAAACAAAACAAGGGCGUCGAGCAAGAGGCGCCAGACAGCAGUGGACCGACCGACGCCGACGUGCUGCAGUACAUCCUGGAGCGGUCGGCCAUGACGGACAACAACCUGCAGAGCAACUCGGCGCUCGCACUCGGUCUACCGGACAAGGUGCCGGGAGUGUCGGGCCUGUACAAGAACGCCAUCGACCCGGAGGACGCCGGGCUGGACGAUAUCGGCAUGUACCAGGACCUCAAGAAGCGGACGGGCAUGUCGGUCAAGCAGAUCUUGGCCGUCAACGUCAGGAGGCUGCUCACGCGGUGGGUGUCGAACCAGACGCGUCUGGGCAAGGUCCGCAGCUGCUGGGUCAUGUGCGUGGCCGGCAACGGCGACGGCUGGUUGGGCCUCGGCGAGGCCAAGUCGACCGAGCCCAGCGUCGCCACGCUCAAGGCCCGCCUGCUCGCCAUCCAAAACAUGCGGCCCAUCCGGCGGUACGAGAAGAGGACCAUCUACGGCGAGUCCGAGGUCAAGAUUUCGGGCACUAUCGUCAAGCUGAUGGCCCGUCCGCCAGGUUUUGGCCUCCGCGUAUCGCACCGCAUCUUUGAAAUGUGCCGCGCCGCCGGCAUCUACGACCUCUCCGCCAGGAUGCCGCGCUCCCGCAACCCCAUGAACUCGAUCAAGGCCACGUUCCAGGCGCUGUGCAACCAGCGCGACCCAGAGGAGAUUGCCAUGGGGCGGGGAAAGAAGAUGGUCGACGCCCGCAAGGUCUAUUACGGCGGCGCUGUAUUUUAA